CUAUUUAAAACAACAGCUUCAAUAAAGUAAAAGACACAAAACGGUUCAUUACGUUCCAAAUUAGUCAACUCUUUACUCUCUCAUAUUCCUAAACAUUUCUAACCCAAUUUAUCUCUCUCUCUCUCUCUCUCUCUCUCUCUCCAUUUGUAAAAAAAAAUUAGAAAAAUGAAUUUGAGUUCAAGCAUUUUGGGGAAGAAUUUGUUACAAAUUCAUCGUCUUCAUCGCUCUCAAUUGGAAUUUCCUACGUGUAUUUCUUCUCGUAAUCAGUCAAUUUCACAUCCGUUGCAUCGUUUUCCGCCGCAGAUUAAUGGAGUUUCUGUUCGUUGUUCCAAUUCUUUCCAUUGGAGUUCCAGAUUCUCCAUAUCCACUAGAUGUGUACCGGACAGUUCUUCUGAAUCUCUGCGGCUGGAUUGUGAUUCUUCGAGCAGUUCGCCAGAGAUACUUAACCAGAAGAAAACUACAUUUGUCGAUGUAUUGAAGCAGUCAAAUUCUCUUCUGCCUCAUGUUGUCCUUGCUAGCACAUUGCUUGCCCUUAUUUUCCCACCGUCUUUUGCAUGGUUUACAAGCAGGUACUAUGCACCUGCAUUAGGGUUUUUGAUGUUUGCAGUUGGGGUUAAUUCCAGUGAGAAAGAUUUCUUUGAAGCAUUCAAGCAACCAGCAGCUAUCUUUGCUGGUUAUGUGGGCCAAUUUUUUGUGAAGCCAGUUCUUGGUUAUCUAUUUGGUACAAUUGCAGUGACCCUUUUUGGUCUUCCUACAGCAAUAGGUGCGGGGAUUAUGCUGGUCUCUUGUGUUAGUGGCGCACAACUCUCAAGUUAUGCAACGUUUUUAACUGAUCCAGCCCUUGCCCCCUUAAGUGUAGUUAUGACAUCAUUAUCCACUGCUACUGCUGUUUUCGUCACACCGUUUUUAUCCUUAUUGCUCAUUGGAAAGAGACUUCCAGUUGAUGUUAAAGGGAUGAUAUCCAGCAUUACACAGAUUGUAGUUGCACCAAUUGCUGCAGGCUUGCUUCUCAACCGGUUCUUUCCUAGGAUUUGUGAAGCAAUUCGACCUUUCUUGCCUCCACUUUCGGUAUUGGUUACAGCUUGUUGUGUUGGAGCUCCACUUGCAAUUAACAUCCACGCUGUCAUAUCCCCUUUUGGAUUUUCCAUAUUGCUGCUCAUUGUUGCUUUUCAUUUAUCUGCGUUUAUAGCCGGGUACGCCUUGACUGGUCUUGCAUUUCAUCGGUCACUCGAUGUGAAAGCACUGCAGAGAACACUAUCCUAUGAGACAGGAAUGCAAAGCAGCCUCCUUGCCCUCGCUCUUGCCAACAGGUUUUUCCAGGAUCCCCUCGUUAGUGUGCCCCCAGCAAUCUCAACUGUGAUGAUGUCUUUGAUGGGAUUUUCUCUGGUUAUGAUAUGGAACAAGGGGAAAGAAAAAAAUAUGAUGAAAGAGAGUUAGAGAAAGUUGUAUUUAUUAUACAUGUGUUGUAGAGGCAGUUGAAGAGCUCUUCUCUAGCACUGCAUCAAACACUCGGACUUGAGGUUACAUACAAAACCUUUGCUAAAUUCAAAUGAGAGUGAGGAUUCAAACUUUACAAUUUUUAAAGAUUUUAUUUGAUAGUUUAA